AGUUCACAUCAGAGCCGUCGCUGGUGGAGUUUCCGACACAGGAAAAAAACAAAGGACUAGCACGUAGCGGAAAGAGCUGCCUUCGCCGUGACAGGAGCGGAGCAGGGACGGGACAUGGAGUACGAGGCCAAGAAGGGGAAGAAGGGGUUUGUGUCUCCCAUCAAGCGGCUGGUUUUCCCCAAGGCGGCUCGCAGGCAGGCGCUCAGGAGCAGUGUCUACCGGAGGCCUCUGCAUUCGGUCCCUCUCUACCCCCCAGAUUAUCUCAUCGAUCCCCAAAUACUGCUGCACGACUACGUGGAGAAGGAGGUGAAGUUUUUAGGCCACCUGACCUGGGUGACGUCCUCCUUGAACCCCUCCAGCCGGGAUGAGCUGCUGCAGCUCCUGGACACGGCCCGGCAGCUGAAGGAACUGCCCCUCCAGACAACCCCGGAGCAGGACAGCAUCCUGAGCCUGUCGGCCCGCUGCCUCCUCCUCACCUGGAGAGACAAUGAGGAGCUCAUCCUGAGGAUCCCCACCCAUGAGAUCGCGGCCGCCUCCUACCUGCGGGAUGAUGCCCUGCACCUCCUGGUGCUGAAAACAGGCCUGGGAGUUGACCCCGUUCCUGCAGGGGGCAACCUGGACAUGUACCCAGGGGGCAGUCUGGAGAAGAAGCUCCCUGGAGGGGCAGCUGAGAAGAGGCAGGCGGGGAUCUGCCUGGAGCCCAAGCAGCUGGGGGGCACCAUGGAGCGCCGGCACACCAUCUGCAGCCUGGACUGGAAGAUGGCCCGGGGCGGGCAGGAGGGCAGGCAGGGCGGGGGAGGGAGCCUGGAGAGGAAGCAGGCCAGUGGCAGCUGGGAGAAGAGACACAGCAGCCGGGCGGGCGGGAGCUGGGAGCGGAGACAGACCUACAGCAGCAGCUGGGAGCGGAGGCAGCUGGGGAAGGCUGGGGGCAGCUGGGAGCGGGGUAAGACGUAUGGCAGCUGGGAGCGGAGGCACACAGGGAAUAACCCACUGGAUCCCAAGGAGCCCAGCCCUGAGGCGUAUUGCAACCUCAUCAUCCUGGCCGUGGCCAACAGGGUGAGUAGCCGAGGGUGCUGUCCCCUUGCCAACCCACCUGGCAUUGACCCGCUCCGGAUCACCACCACAGCUGUUUUCUCUCACUGGGUGCAGGAUGCAGCUGAAGAAUCCUGUGCUCUCAUCUGCCAGGUCUUCCAGAUCAUCUAUGGGGACCAGAGCAUCGAGUGCGUAGACCGGGCUGGCUUCCACUACACCUCCACCCCCGAGCGCCCCUGGCUCUCCAGCAGGAGCGAGAGCUGCCGCACUGACGGAACGUAUGGAUACGACGCUGAUUUCAGCUGCUGCAGCUCAUUCAAUGGCUCCCACGAGACCUUUGACGCAUAUUACAGUGGGACUUCUUCCCCUUCCUUUCGGGAGUCGCGUGACAGCCUGGCCAGUGACCAGAGCAGCGUGGGACUGGAGCAGCUGCAGGACUAUAUGAUCACAUUGAGGAACAAGCUCUCCCCCCAGGAGAUCCAGCAGUUUGCGUUGCUGCUCAGGGAGUACCGGAUGGGACGGUCCGUCCAGGAAUACUGUUCGGAUCUCCUCCAGCUCUAUGGGGACAAGAGGAAGUUUCUCCUUCUGGGAAUGCGGCCCUUCAUCCCAGAUCAGGACAUCGGCUACUUCGAGAGCUUCCUGGAGAGCAUUGGCAUCCGGGAAGGGGGGAUCCUGACCGACAGCUUUGGGCGGAUAAAGCGCAGCAUGAGCAACACCUCCGCCUCCGCUGUGCGCAGCUAUGACAGCUGGUCCCUCCGCUCCGAGUCGGAGUCCUUCAACCGCAUGAUCACGGACAUCACCCAUGACAUCGAGGCCCUGGCUCGUGAUGAUGAGGAGGAGGAGGAGGAGGAGGAAGACAACUAUCUGUGAGGGACUCCCACCUCCUCCCCCAAAGGGCGCUCGGUGAUUCACUCUGCGGCCAGGAGAUUCCUUGAGAUCGUGAAACCUCUUGGCUGAAUUCAAAUGGUGCUAGCCCCACUCCAUUUCAGCCGAGCUGGGCUGGCGCUAGCCUGCUGGCUUUUUAUCCCUCAUUGCUCCAGCGCUGCCUCCUCAUCUCCUCAGUGGUCUUGGACUCUGCAAGGGGCCUGCUGGGGGGGAGAUUGAGCUGUUGCCAUUCGCUGGACCUUGGCUCCACACACCCCAGUGAGGCUCUGUCUGCACCUUGCCACCGGCUGGAGUGGCUUGGAUUGUAGCACCACUGACAGCGGGAGGGGACUUACCUGGCGGUGGAUUUCUGGAGCAGCAAUUUACCGUUCAACGUUUGGGAUGAAAUUCUUCUCUCGGUGAGGCCAGUCCCCCCCUCUACAGGUCUGGGGAGGCUCCACAGGGGGAACUGCGGGCAGAGCUUUGUGCAAGGGGCCUGACCAUUAACGAUCAUCCCAGCAGGAAGAGGGCAGCCGCUGCCCUCCACACGCACUAGCGACUCUCGUCAGCGUUCAUGGGAUUCCCUCGUCGGCACCCAGGGGAGCAGAGACCCUGUGGGCCAGGCGCGGGCAUGUGUUCUGAGUAAUCAGGAACAGCAUUAAACUCCGGGGCUGGUG